GUCUGCAGUCAAUGCAGCAGGUAAACAUCAUGGAAACACGUGUUCCUUAAGUUUCACUUUUACAUCACAGGAUCACAGUCACACCCUGAAGCUUUUACUGUAAAGUGAAAGAUCAUGGCAGGGAGGAGCUUAGAAUCAAUAUACACUUGUGCCGUGUCUCCGUAUGGAUCAUAUUCUCUGGACCAGGAACUGGUUUUAAUCUGGAUUGAGCAUUACGUCGGAGGAUCAAGCACUGUAUCUGAGACCCUGGGAUAUUCAACGCUUCAACAUGGAAAGUCAAACGAGAUCAAUUUCUUUUGGAACUCCUGGAGAUGUUUCUUCGAUUUCGCCCCAGCUGGACCGCAUGAUCAAGCAGAAAAGUCGAGAUCUACGGCUGCGUAAGGUUGACCAACAGAGCGCUGUGAAGACAGUAAAUCAUCUGAUUGAAAGCCUGCUGGAAUACCUGAAGAAGAAUGAGGAUCAGCCCUUCUUCAGAGACGUCUCAGUUCUCACUAGCGGCAGCUACUAUGAGAUGGUGAAGAUCAACAAACCCAACGAGUUUGACAUUAUGCUGAAACUGAAAGUCCCAAGGCUUGAAUUGUCAGAACUGGAAGAAUAUCAAGGACUGUUUUAUAAGGUGAAGCUUGUAAAAGCCACACGCAAAGAAAUCCAGCACUUUCUUCUGGAAGAUGAACGAACCAUCUCAGCCACCAAAAUCAAAGAAGAAAUGCACCGCUUGGUCCGCAAAUUCAUUAGCAAUCAUUUUAAAGGUAAAGGUUGGGUGAUAAACAGAAAACUGGUAAAUUCACCGGCGGUGACCCUUGAAUAUAACAACAAAGAGAAAGAAGAUGAUGUGAUGUCUGUAGAUAUCGUACCUACUCUUGAGGUGCCACAAGGUUGGCCACAAGCGGCACGGUCCGGUCCCAAUAUAGACAACUGGCUUGGAAAGAAGUGUCGCCGCCAGUUCGUAAGUAAGGCAGUGUAUUUCGUCCCAAAGAGACCAAAAGGAAGAAACCUCAAAGAUGAUGCCAAAGAGAGCUGGCGGAUAUCCUUCUCUCACAUUGAAAAAGAGAUGAUGCAGUAUCAUGGCAAUAAGAAGACGUGUUGUGAGAGUUUUUCCAACAAGUGUUGCCGGAAACGCUGUUUGCAGCUUCUCAAGUGUCUGAUUGAGGGACUGAAGCAGCGGUAUCCCAAAGAGCUUGAGCCUCUGUGUUCAUACCAUGGGAAAACAGCCUUCUUCCACGUCCUCUCAGACCGAGUGCAGGAUUCCCUUUGGUCUCCAGGCCAGAUGUCUGUCUCCUUCAUGAAGCUGUUCGGAUACUUCGAGCGACGUGCACUAGAUGGUUCAUUACUCCACUUCUUUGUUCGCCAGCAUAAUCUGUUCUCUCCUCCUGCAUUUCCCAAAAGAGCUCUUGCAUUUCUGACCAAUGCUCUGAAGGAGCAAAGAGAAUUGGAGUUCCCUGUUUUAAAGGUGCCGAGUCCUUCCGCUGCUCUUGUUCCUGAUACUGAUGCUCUUCUUCACCCAAACCCAAUCAAUGGCACCGACAGUAUUGUUGCCUCUGAACGUUCUUUUAGGCAUGUCUAUGCAUGGUUAGUGGUUGUUAUUGUGUGUGUAGGAAUCGGAUGUGUAUUUGUAUAAUGAUUUUGUAGAAUCCUCUCCAAAUAUGGAGAGGUAGGCCUAAUCAUUGUAAUAGGCUAUACAACAUCUUUGUUUUUAAUUAUUAUUAUUAUUUUUUAAAUUAAAAACAUGCAACAGAUCAUGCAGUUAUGCCAUAUGCUUAAAUUAUUAUUUUAAUUAUAUAAACUCUAUUUUGUACGGGUCAUUGUGAACUGUGAAAAUAAACAUGUUAAAAAAAUA